AUGGCAACUCUGGGGCCCCUCAAAAAGGUUGAUUCGGACGACUGGCUCAAGCGAUUAGAGACUGAUAUGCCCGGGCGACCAGACAUUCUGGAAGCUCUGGGGGAGCUUGCAAAGCGGGGGGAGAAGGGCGCUGGCAUGAAGGAAAACGUGCUGCAGGCCCCAACCGGCGGGCGUCGAGGGCUCAGGACGGUGCCGUUUGAGCGCAAAACUUUUGAAAAAGUCUCCCGAGCUUUCAAUAUGCACAGCUCGAUAUCUCGCGCCAUUAGCCGGGCAGAUGUGCCAGUCUUCUCGCAUGUGAAUGCGACCACGGAGGAUAUAGCAGACCAAUACAAGGUCGAGCACAAUACUUUUGUAUACAAUUGUCGUACAUCAAACGCCUGGCAAAUGGACCUUGGAUUGACCGUCACAUAUUUCCCCGACUGUGAGCUCUCGUUUGCGGUCCUUUUCGGCUGUCAUAUCUCUACCGAGGAGGAGAUCAUCAAGCGCUUGGCACAUGCUCGUGAUGAUAUCUCCCACCCAUUGCUGCUACCAGGCAUCGUGGCAGAAAUCGAAAGGAAACGACACUUUUACCACGCGGACAGAACAAUUGAUGAAAUUGAAGCUCGAAUAUUCGACUUGGAAACUCGACCAGACGCACAAGACGGCAUGGAUGCUGCGGAAAUGGCCAAGAUCCACAAGGAAAAGCGCACAGCCUGGUUGAACACGACAUAUACUCGGAACUGCCUAAUCAGUUGGCAAGUCCAGCUUGAAAACAUGGUGCGCCAAACUGAAGCACUCGAUCCGGUCAUCAAAAUGGGCGGCGACGGCUCUUCUGGCGAGCACAAGUGGCCUGGUGUUCAUGGCGAGGUUGCUACGCCCAUGCACCAAGAUGAAAUGAGUUGCGACCACACCCAAAGAUACCCAGACGCGACAGCAGACUCUCCGACAACUACAUUGGUUGCUCAUGACGAAUAUCAAGAAAAGCGAAAGGCUACAGGGUACAAGAUUGCAUCGCGCAUUCGUGCAUUGAUUGAAGAAUACGAUGACAAGAUACGCGACUGUACAAUGAGGAUCGACGGAAUGGCCAUGGCCACACAAUGGGCACAAGGAGAGACCAAUUUGGAAAUCGCAAAAGCCACGAGUCGAGAUUCUAGACAUAUGCGGUCCAUUGCUCUUGUGACGAUGGUAUUCCUACCUGGCACUUUCUUUGCGGGUAUGUUUUCAAUGACUUUCUUCAACUGGUCAAAUGAUGGUGGCGAACCGAUUGUGUCGGAAUAUUUCUGGGUAUACGUCGUGGUUACCGUUGCUUGCACCUUGCUCACCGUGGGUCUAUGGUAUUAUUUCAAUAUAUCCCGACGAUCUCUGCGCAAAUCGAGAGAUGUUGAAGAAAUGUAUGGGUCAUGA